AUGAAUGGGAGGGGACCCACUCCCUCUCCGGACUACAUUUCCCAGCAGCCCUCGCGGCGGGCGCGCUUCGCGGAUGACGUCACACGCAGUACGCGGGAGUUCUUAUCUGCGCCCAGCUCCACCCCGGUGGGGUGGGGUCUCCACGGGCUGAUCCCGCCCCUCUCUCCCCCCGCGCAGACCAAGAAGAGGAGGAACAACGGGCGGGCCAAGAAGGGGCGCGGCCACGUGCAGCCCAUCCGCUGCACCAACUGCGCCCGCUGCGUGCCCAAGGACAAGGCCAUCAAGAAAUUCGUCAUCAGGAACAUCGUGGAGGCCGCUGCCGUGCGGGACAUCUCCGAGGCCAGCGUGUUCGACUGUGAGUUUGGGAUUGG